CAGAGACAGGCAGGGCAUCGAAACUGAUUUCAGAUCGGUGUGUGUUUGACAGAGAGGGGUCUGGGGUCUCUGCUUGAGCAGCUCUGAGAACAGAUAUGAACGCUGCGCAUGCGCGCGUUUACAGAUGCGGACCAUUGUAACAUCAAUACAGAAACUAAACUUAUGGAGGAGUCCGAGACGAGGAAGUCUGUAAGAUGGAAAGAGACGAGCAGAAUAACUCAGACCGAAGAGGACAUCAUUACGUCUUACCUAACAGCCUCCGAUGAGAAUCAGAACAAACUGCAGGAGGCAGAGGUUAUGGACUUGCAAGCGGUUAAACUCGACUCAGAGAACAGGAACCCAGAGGAGAGCUCUCCAACAAACAUCAAGAGCCAUAGCUGCUCUUUAGAUCAUGGUCGUCUCUCUGGGAUUGUGCCACCUGGGCCUAGUCCUUCUCUUCUGGCUUCACUGCAGUCCCUUGUUGAACACAAUGAUCACAUGCUCCUCCCUCAUUCCUUACACCAGAUAGCGGAGGGCUACUUCCUUGAAAAGGACUAUCAGUGGGCAGUGGAGUUUCUUCAUCUGGAGAAGCUUUAUCAUGAAAGACUGCUGUCUAAUCUGGCCUCCAUACAAGAUAAAUGGGAGUCCCAGAGGACAAUCAGCGUGCAAACUGAAAGUAACUCUCCUUUAAACUCGAAUGGAACUGACAGAGAGAGAGAGCAUAUGGAACUGUUGAGUCAUAUCUGCAAAACACACCAGAGACCUAACCUCUCUUUGGAAAAGAACAUGGACGACAUAAAACUACACAACUGCCCAAGCCUCGUGUCAAAACACAGAAGAUCAAAACAAGAACAAGCUUCAGUGAACUCAACCGAGAGAGAGAACCGGGCGGAGGACUGCUCAUGGCCAGAAGCUGAACAGGAGCCAGAAGAGGACUGUGAAUUGAAUGAGGAGGAGGAGGAGGAGGAGGAAGAAGAGGAUGAGGAAGGUCUUGAGGAGGAUGAGUGCUGGAAUGACGAGCUGCAGGAUGACACAGUCGUUGACGGCCAAGUUCCUGCGGAUGAGCUGGCCAGCCUUAUUCAGGUAGAAGAGAGGUUUCCCUCAGACGGCUUAGUGUCUAUUUUAAAGAAGAGAGUCUGCGCCAGGGAAACAGAGAAAGCCUCGCUGCUAAAAGACUCAAUCAAACGCAGAGUCCGCUUUAGAGAGCCAGGCGAUGCUUUCGAUCAAGACGAGUCGGCCCGAAACUCUUGCCUCAUCCUUCUCGUCUUGUGUCUGGUUACUGUGGUGAUUAGCAUGGGUGGGACUGCUCUUUAUUGUCUCGUUGGAGGGGCGUACUCAAACGUGUGUGCUGACUUCUCGCAAAACGUGGACUUUUACUUUGGACCUGUACGACGAGGAAUGGACGCUCUCGCACAGUGGCUCUCUUCUGAUGCAUCAUAGCAGCUAUUUUAUGCAGUGGAACUAUUUCUUCAUAUUAUCAUUUCCAAUGAUUAACAACAGUAUUCCUCUUGAGAUAAUAUGCACUAAUGCACAUUACCAGACGGGCCUUAAUAAAUGUUGCUUUAGUGAGUCACACAGGGCUUCCUAAUGCAUAAAUACAUUUGUAUAAUGUAUUUAAUAUUGGUACAAAAACAGGUUAUUACAGAUAAUCCUUAUAUAACACUUAUUAUAGAUAAUCUUAAUAUACUGUACCACUGCCAUUCUUUGAAUCAGUAACUAUACAUGCAUUGAAAUAACUGCCUAUGCAGCCAGCGAUAUUGUUUUUUGUACAUUUUAGUACUCCAAGACACUAUAUUCCAUGCUUAUCUUUGUAUUUAUGCUUUUAUUUUGACUUGGCACUUUUCAUUGGUGCUAUAAUCACUGAAAUUCAUACAGUAUGAACAAAAAUAAGCAUAAAUGGAUGUAUGUUGAAGGAAUAGUUCACUCAAAAAUGAAAAUUGGCUCAUAAUUUACUUAGCUUAAGGC